AUGAAGACAAAAGCACACAACCAAAGCAAGUUCAUGCGAGUCAUUACAAUCCCAUUGAGAGUUUUGUGUAAGGCAAGGGAUGUUUAUGUUAAGAGCAUGACAGAUUGCUCGAUGGGGAUGAGAUAUGGCCCUUCCAUGGUCUCGCGAGCAGGACAACACCCUCCCCUGCCCAGGAGUUUCAGUGUUAGCUCAUCAAGGUCUGAUCAUGACGGUGAAGAUUACAGAGAGCUUGUUAGAGCUGCUUCUGCCAGGAGCUUGGGUCACAGCAAUGAAAUUGAGAUGUACAUGCAGCUAUUGAGGCAGCAGCAAUCAUCGAUGAUGAUGGGGUCCAAAAAGGUGUUGCCAAAGAGUUGCAGUGUUGGAAUGGGGUUCAUGGGCAAGAUUGAUGAAGACAAACCAUGUGUUUUUGAAGCAGGUGUUGUUGAUGUAAAGCCACAGUUGGGUCCGAGAAGCAGUAGCUGUGCUGUUGGAAAAGGAAGGGUUGCCUUCUGA